CAGCAGGCUGCCAUGUCGUACCCACGGUGUCGUACUAACCUCUCCCUCCGACUGGUCAUGGAGGGUUUCUCCAGGCAGGCAGAUACACAGCCUCGAUUCUCACCACCGCAGGGCUUGCUUAAAUACCCUCAUAUUGACCCGAACCUCGACUGUUAGCCAUGGAGCUCGAUAACGGCCGGACGCCAGCCGAGACUUCCCGGAAUGCCGAUCAUCUCUGCGUUCUUGUCCAUGGACUCUGGGGUAACCCUUCCCAUCUGAACUAUGUCGCCUCCUCGUUGAGGGAACGAUACAGCGAGGACCGGCUUCACAUCCUCGCUGCAAAGCGGAACGCCGGGAACUUCACCUACGAUGGAAUCGAGGUCGGCGGAGAGCGCGUGGCACACGAGGUCGAGGAAGCGCUGGAGGAGUUGGCGGCUGCGGGACAUCAUAUCACAAAACUGAGCAUGGUCGGAUAUUCUCUCGGGGGUCUGGUGGCGCGAUACGCCCUCGGGCUGCUGUAUGCUCGGGGGUGGCUCGAUAAGCUCGAGCCCGUCAACUUCACCACGUUUGUAUCACCACAUGUUGGCGUCCGGAAUCCUCUGAAGGGCACCUGGGGCUUCCUCUGGAACAACGUGGGACCCCUAACUAUAUCCACGUCAGGGAAGCAGCUGUUUCUGAUCGAUUCGUUCCGGGACUCGGGCAAGCCACUGCUCAGCGUGCUGGCUGAUCCGGAAAGUAUCUUCAUAAAAGCCCUGGAGAAGUUUCGGCAUCGCAGCUUGUACGCGAACGUUGUGAACGACAGGUCUACGAUUUACUACACCACAUCUCUCUCGACGACCAACCCAUUCGAGGACCUGGAGGCCGUCAAUAUCAACUACGUGGAGGGCUACAAUUCGGUCGUAAUCGACCCCGACGUACAUAUUCUGUCACCGAAGAAGCGCAUAGAGUCACCGCCGCUCCUAUCUCAAGCACAAAAGCAGCUUACACGCCUCGUCACCGAGAUCCCUUUUGGACUCUUCUUCACCGCCAUUCUUUUCAUCGGAUUCCCCCUCUAUCUCCUCAACUCCGCCAUCCAGACCUUCCGCAGCCAGCGACGAAUCCGUCUCCACGAAGAGGGAAUACUGGGGACGGCGUUCGGACGCUACCGCGUCCCCGUCUUUGCCAGCGGGGUCCGCCAUGCCGUAGAAGAGGCCUUCGAGCACGCAGGUGCCGGACAUAAGCCAGACUACCUCUCCAUGGACGAUAUCAGUCCGGAAGAAGGCAAACGACGAUUGUCUGGAAGAAAAGCGCGGGCUGUCGAGAGCAAGACUAACGCAUCGAUCCGCGACGGGAGUUCAGACGGCGCCUCAGAGCCCCUACUUUCCAGUGACAGCGACGGUGAAGAUGGGCAGGAAUUCCCUACCCUCGCAUUGACGCCGGCUCAAUUCUCCAUCAUCAAGUCGCUCAACUCCGUGGGAUUCCGGAAAUACCCGGUCUACAUCCACAACCACCGCCAUAGCCACGCUGCGAUUAUCGUGCGGGUGCAGAAAGCGGGAUUCGACGAAGGCAAGCUGGUCAUCAAGCAUUGGCUGGAUCAGGUAUUCGAGAUAUGAUGACGGCCAAACACUGCCAGAAAGGCUAAACCCCGAUGGACCGGUCCAGUCAACAAACAGACGGCCAAGUGUCGCCGCGAUACCCACAUCGACGUCCCGAUCGCAAUAUAGACUUCACCCCAACGCUCCUUUCAUCAUAGACCAUGCACAAACACCUCAUAGACAGCCAACUAACCCACUCUCACAGACCCCAUUUUAUCUAUCAUCCAG